UAACACGGGUAUGCUGUUCUUCUUAGAAUGUUUUAGACUUAGUAAGUCUUGUAGAGAAAGCCAGAAUGGAAUUUAAAAGGCAAGGACAGCUGUGGUGUUUUUGUCUGCUGGUACUACUGACAGCUAGGACUAAUGGUCCUCAAACACUGAAAGGAAUGUCGGAACCAUAGGAGGAGGGGGUGACCCCACAAACACUUUGAAUAACUGCCCAGAUGUACCCUGAAAUUGCUGCUGGAAAACAUGUGCAUUGAUAUUUCCAAUGUAACUCCAAGCUUGGAAACCUGAAAAAAUGGGAACUGAAUAAUAGAGUGUCUUUUUUCAUCACCUGAGGCUGUGGUCACCUCAGAAAUUCCAAUGCAAGUGUUUCUAGAGGCAGAGUCCUUACACAAGAACAGCGUGUAUGGCACAUAAACAAUUAAAUCCACAAGUUCACACACCUACUCUCAGGUGUUCUACUGCCAGAAAGGUGAGCCACCAAUAGCAGCAGAUGUAACAUUCGACUGGAAUGAAAUGCUCUAUUUUGACUUCAAAGAAGGUGCAGAAAAGGCACGUAUUCCUGACUUUGAAACUUGGGCUAAAGAAAAGUCCACAGCAGCACAUCAGAACAAAACGAAACGUAAAGAGAGACUGUGCCAGGAGCUUCUGCAGACUGUUCCUAUCGUGAUAUAUAACAAAACACACUUACCAGCACCUGAGGCAAGCGAGCUGCCAGUGGUAUCUGUGUACACAAUGGACUCUUUGGAGUAUGGCAAGGCAAACAUCUUGAUCUGCUUUUUGGACAACUUCUUCCCCCCAUCUGUUAACAUUACUUGGUACAAGAAUGAUACCCUGAUAACAAGUGGAAACAGCACCACUGAUGCAUACCCAAAGUCAAACUUUAACUUCCAGAUGUUUGGAUAUCUGAACUUUACCCCUAGGUUAGGAGACCGAUAUUCCUGCCACAUAAAACAUGGAUCAUAUGCAUAUCCAAUUAUUGAAUACUGGGUUCCUGAGUCAAAACCUAAUUCUGACAUUCUAAUGUUCAUCUUGUGUUCUUUGGCCUUUGUUGUUGGACUCCUUGGUUUUAUUGGCGGAAUCGUGCUUCUCAUCUUAGGAGUUAAAAGAAGAAGAAGGCAAGAUUAUUAAAUUAUGGCUGGAGUAGUGGGACAUGAAGUCAUACAGAUGUCUAAAGUGGAGCUGCUGCCUAUCAAGGACAAAGUAAAUACCUAUGUGUUAAUGUACAAAGACUGUUCGAUCAUACCCAGUUUUCCUAUAACUUCACUGAUCACAUUAAAACUCUGAUGAGUGCAUUUGUUUGUCACAGAGCAGAAUGCACAUUUCAUAAAAUAAUGGACUUUUGGGAGCUGCAUGAUGCCAGCCAACUGACAAAGCAGCACUGAAACCAUUUCCCCCAUCAGUUACCUGUCUGUGACUGAAUGGAAAUCACUGGAACUGGCAGAUGAGGGGAGAAUCAGCAUUUACUGGACUAGUCUUAGUAAGUCAUGAACGGUCAAAACUCCUUUCAAAAGACUGAUAUGCAGGAAACCACAUUACCACAAUUAGAAACAUGCUUUCUACCAGCUAGAGAAGUAUAUGUUUGUGUAGGCAGACACAUAUGAGCUGUGCUAUAUGUACAUACUGAGGUCAAGGUGUGGGAAAUACCAAGCCUUAGCUGCAUAUUUCUGGGAGAAAAAAAUGGAAAAUUGUGGUGUCAUGGCCCAGCAGACAUAACUGACAAUUUUGGAGAGGUAAUCAUUUUGACCUGGACAUAACCAAAAAUUAAAUGAAAAUAAAAUAAACAUGUAAAUGUCAUAUUUGUGAUAAAUGGUAAAUUCAUGUUUAUGGCAAUUCACGUUUGACACUUUCUUGGAAAUUCUCCAUCAGCAGAUCAUAUAAAGGGAUUUGAAUCAAGUAUGCAGGUAACUAAAAACUGGCCUGCUGUUGGACAAAUGUAAUGUGAUAGAAAAUGUCAGGAAGUCCUCAAAGCAGUAGUUUCAGUCACCCGUGAUAUGGUGCUGGGCCAUAUUGCUGUAUACUGUACAGCAGUGUGUGUGUGUCUGUGUGUCUGUGUGUGUGUGUGUGUGUAUAUGUGUGUGUGUGUGGAUGUGUUUAUUUUGAGGCAAAGCUACUUGGAAAUCAGGAAAAGAACUGGCUUUUAAAUAACAACCUGUGCACAGCAUUGUAUCACAUGCAUGCAUGAAUGCUUGUGUAACUGUUUUUAUAAAAUUAAAUAAUCUGACAUGAAACUCUGUAGUUCAGUAUCUCCCUUGCAAAACAUUGUCCUUGAAGUGCUUUGUAGUCAGUAAAUGACUCAUACAGGUGUGAAGGAAAGUAAAUAACGCUGAUUGUAUACACUGUAGAAUUUCACAUAUAUACUAUAGUUAUGCAUUUGCUGCAGUCAUUAAAAAUUGCAUGCAGCUAUGGAAGAAAGUA